AUGGGAAAUGCCAGAUCUUUAAAGACCCAUUGGGCCAGGCCAGUGUGCAGCAAUGGUUGGAACGAGGCGAUUACGGUCAGUCUACUACGUGGUAUCCUUAGUGAGGCAGAGGCCAAGGUCAUUGUUGAAUGUUUAUCGAAUACUGACAGGGCUGCGCGAGACAAACUUGUUUAUAACAAAGACCCAAACAAACGACAAAUAGUACCCAACAGCUUGAUUGAUGAUGAGACCUACUACAUCAACAACGACCUCCCCAUCACACCGGUCAAGUCUACUGCUCCAGACAUCAGUAUUCUGAACACACCAUACUUGCGUUCAUUGAAUACUGUAGAUGAUACCAAUCCUCUUGAUGACGAAGAGGUGAGAAAGAAUGCAAAUGGUAAACGGUUGAUACUUCAUUGCUAUAGGGAAGAAAUUCCAAUAGCAAGCAUAGACAGGACACUAAAGGAGCUCGAUAAGAUGGGAUUUGCAAUACGUGACCAAUUUCCUAAUUUGAGAUCAAUGGACAGAGAGGUGCUCAAACCAACUGAAGUGGUUGUCAGGAAUCAUGAAUAUCAAGUACCUGUCCCUCCAGCAGUCCCUUCAGCAGUCACUUCAGCAGUCCCUCUAACAGUCACUCCAGCAGUCCCUUCAGCAGUCACUCCAGCAGUCACUCCAGCAGUCCCUUCAGCAGUCCCUCUAACAGUCACUCCAGCAGUCCCUCCAGCAGUCCCUCCAGCAGUCCCUCCAGCAGUCCCUCCAGCAGUCCCUCCAGCAGAGAAGAAGAUAAUCAAAUGGCACUCCGUUGACCCUUUGGCCUACAUCCAGGCAUAUCUGGACAGCUUGGCAUCAUCGGAUCUCGUUCCAAAUCUUUCAUACUCAACAUACAAUCAAGAAGGAUAUGGCCCAUUCAUAUCAGGUGACAGAUUCAAGAAAGCUUGUGCAGUGGACUCGUCCAACCAUUAUAUAUUUGUCGAUCUUUACUUUGAUGGACUUCGCUCUGGCAAUACUCAAUCUAGCAAUGGGAUAUAUAUUAGUAUUGCCAACACACAAUCCGGCAGAUGCUCUCCAAUGUUCAUCUCCCUGUGCCCUUCUGAGGUACCGGCUCAGAUUGCUUUAUCAACAGUCUUCGAGCAGCUUCGGAUAAUCAACAAUUCCUCGAAACCUAUCAGUCUCUAUUGGAAGCACAUCAAUGCCAAUGCCAACUUUCUGAUCCGAGUUGGUCGCUUCAUUGGAGACACACCAGCAGUCCAUGAAGUAAUGUGUAUCAGCCACUUUACCUCCAAACUACCUUGCCGCCGAUGCCUGGUUCCUCUCUCUGAGAUCAACACUAUAUCAGGUGACUUUCCUGGACGUUCGUUGUUCGAUGCCAUGACAGCCUACAAGACUGCAUAUAGUCAAAGGGCGACAACAAACGAACCUCUCAAGAUAGAUGAGAAUACAGGCCUCAAGAACAUUCCAUCAUUCCUAUUAUCUUUCAAUGGAUUCAACAUAUUUGAGGACUCACCUAUUGACCUGUUGCACAACGAGGACCUCGGUAUGUUGAAGACCCACUUCAAGUUCAUCGUUGCCAACCUCAAUGACGACAAACUCGUGGAGGCUCAGUCUCGGGUAACGCAAAUCAAAGGUGCCUCAUUCAAACUCAAGAACAUCAAGAUGUACAGUGGAAGAGAAGUCCGUUCAUUGGCCAAGCAUGCCCUUGUCAUAUUUGACAAAAUCAUCUCUAAGGAAGCUCAUGAUUGUCUACGUGCCCAUGUCAAGUGA